CCGGACUCAUCCAAGGAAGUGGCUGGACGGGGCGUCCCUGGCUCCUGCACGCCCGGAUGAGCCCGUCCGGCGUUCCCCGGCUUCAGCCGGCUGCCUCACACAACGCUCAGCCAGGGCCCGGCUCGAGUCUCAGUUUCCCUAGGAAGAACGCAAAGCCUCCGCAUGGGGGCGCGGAGGAACUCCCGGGGCCUUUCCGGCGCUCCGCCUCGCCGCUGAGCUCGGCUUCCCGCUUCUAUAGGCCAGACGCCGCUCAGCCAGCAGCCAUGCUCGACGCGCCGAGGCCGCUUCAUACCGAGGCGGCGCGGAAACCCGGCAGCGGCUCGCCAGCCCGCCUGGGCGCCGCCUACUUCGACCAGCCCUGCAUCCCCCUGGCCAAAGCCCUGCUCGGACAGAUUCUGGUUCGGAAACUGCCCGACGGACGCGAGCUGCGGGGACGGAUCGUUGAAACAGAAGCCUAUUUGGGAGGGGAGGACACCGCUUCGCACUCCAGGGGCGGUCGACGGACCCUAAGGAACGCAGCCAUGUUCAUGCGACCCGGCACGCUGUACGUGUACCAGAUCUACGGGAUCUACUACUGCAUGAACGUCUCCAGCCAAGGGGAAGGGGCUGCAGUCCUCCUGCGUUCCCUGGAGCCCCUGCAGGGGCUGGAGGCCAUGCGAGAGCUGCGCCUGGUCCGGCAGCGGAAAGCUCCUGCACGCCCUCUCAAGGACUGGCAUCUGUGCAAUGGGCCCUCCAAACUCUGCCAGGCCCUGGCCAUCGAUCGGAGCUUUGACCAGCAGGACAUGAGCUGCAACUCUUCCAUGUGGCUGGAGCCUGGCCUGGAAGCUUCCAGAGACCAAGUCCCCAUCUGUGCCCCCCGAAUUGGCAUCAGUGGGGAGUGGGCCCAGAAGCCUUUGCGCUUCUACCUCCAGGGCAACAAGUGUGUGAGCGUCAUUGACAAAAAUGCUGAGGGGAAACUGCCAUGUGACGCCAUCACAGAGAAAUGUGUUUAACUUGCAAUAUGAGGCAGGCACGGAUACUGAUGCCAACGAAGGACUAGAAGUGCCAUUUCAGAUUUAUUUAUGUAAAUAAACAUGUUUUGCUCUCUUCCAAAGGA